GUAGUAUGUUGCUCUAUCACCUCGCGGGAAUUCUGCCCGUCUUACCGGAAGUAUCGUCACACGACAGCAAUACUUUCAGUGUAUGAGUCAUUUUCAGCUUCUCGGCGGUAGAACUUUGUUCCAGGUGUCUUUCAAAUGAAGGUGAUGCUGUGAGCUCUCUGCUGCCAUGAGUGCUCUGUUUGCCUGUGAGGAUCCAGCCACAUGGAGGGGUGUGUAUGACAAGUACCGGGAUGUUGUGGAGGCCAAGGCCAAAGGCAAGAAGCCUGGAAAGCUGCUGAACCUUGACAAGUGGUACCAAGAGGAUCUGCCCACGCUCAUUUCAAGUCGACCUGACAAGCAUGUCACUCACUCAGAGCUGGUCAAACUGAUGGAGUGGAAGCUCACUAGAGGGAAGUUCAGGCCGAGGCUGCAGCAGCUGGCGGCUUCCAACAGCGAGGACACUGUGGAGAAAUGCUCCAGAAAGGCCUUCAGGCUCCUGCCUGACAUGCAGGCAGCGAUCGCAGAGCUCAGCUCCCUGAAAGGAGUCGGCCCAGCCACCGCUUCAGCUGUGUUGGCGGCAGGAGCUCCAGAACAGGCUGCAUUCAUGUCUGAUGAAGCCAUGGAGAGUGUACCGGGACUGAAGCCCAUCCAGUACACAGCCAAGCACUAUGCUCUGUACCUGGGCAAAAUGGUUGAGAGGACUGAAAAACUAAACAAAGUGGAUCCCCAGAAGGACUGGACUCCCCACAGGCUGGAGCUGUGUCUGUGGGCGAUGACUAUAGCCGAACAGCAGAAGCUCCCACUUCUGAAGGAUGUGAAGGCCGGCAGUGUGGCAGAGAACUGCUCAGACGCUGACACUGACCUGAGACCAGCAAAGAAGCUCAAAACAAGAUAAAAAUUAUAACUAUUGCACCAUAUUUUUUAUAUAAAACUUAAUGUUUUGUCUGUUUUGUUAAAUUUUCCAAAAGUAAAAGCAUUUAUAUCCAAUAGAGAA